GGAAUAAAAGUAAAAAUCCUUUUGACGACAGUUUCGCUAAAUGCUAUGAACAAGAACCGUGAGCGCAAUGAGGACCUCUGCGCAAUGGAGCGACGGACAAUCGAUCUGAAUACGUUGAACGAUGAGUUCGAUCCGCCGUUCCUCGUCGAGAUCCGAUGUCAGAACACCGCCGACUACGAGCAUGGUUACACCGAUUCCCUAGUUGAACAGGCAUGCGUACACAAUCUUCUUCGAUGUGUUCAACGCUAUGGGGAGGUUCACGUCUCCAAACGUCCUGUUGGUUCAGUGUACUGGAGUCCGCACACGUUGAGGAAUGUGCCGAUUGGAUGCGAUUGUAUGUGGCCGGUAGAUCGAUAUGGACAUCAAGAAUUGUAG